AUGACUUCGAGCAUGAAGAUGGCCUUCCAGGCCAGGAAGGCCAAGGGAAUGGCAGACGAUCUGGCAGAGAAAGCAGGCGACAGCACGGGAGCCAAAAGCAGCAAAAAAAGCAAGGCAGCGUCGUCCUCCGGGAAACUGGGGGAAGAGGAUGAAGACUUGGAUGAAGACAGUGGCGCAGAUGAAGAACUCGAGGGUUCGAAGAAGAAUAAGAUCAAAGGGGAGAAGAACAAGCUCGAGGUCAGCGAUUUCUUCGACGACCUCAUGGAAGGAUUCGCAGAGCUCUGGAGGCUCGCCGUAGCUGGGGGCCACUCCUUCGCCUCAUGCAGGCUGCUCUGUGUGGCGCCUUCGCCAAAUCCUGGAAUGCCGUGGAGGUGUGCGCCGUGUGGCAUACCCGCUGAAGGAAAGUGCCGUUCAGGCCAUGGAUACUUUCAACGAGACGACCAGCUCCCGCAACAGGGGCACGUCGCAUCAUGCGCCGACCUUCGUCCAUCAGUGAGCUGGCUUUAG